AUGAAUUUGAUGCUGGAGAAACUCCUAUUUGUUAGGAUCAUAUCCCAGGUUCCGUUUUUCUAUUUCUUGUUGCAUUUCUGCUCAGCACAGGAUGUUCCAGCUUUCUAUAUUUUUGGAGAUUCACUGGUUGAUGUAGGAAACAAUAUGUAUCUUAAGAACACUAUAGCAAAGCCAGGUUUUCCUAAUGGGAUCGAUUUCGGGAAUCCAGUUGGUGUUCCUUCAGGAAGAUACACAAAUGGUAGAACAGUAAUUGACAUCAUAGAACAGGAAUCUGGCUUGAAAAGUUGCACUCCUCCUUACUUGGGUCCAACAACCACUGGAAAUGUUAUUCUGAAGGGUGUCAACUAUGCUUCUGCUGCAUCAGGAAUUCUUAAUGAAACAGGAUCAGUAUUUGGCAAUAUAAUCCCUCUGGACAUGCAGAUCAGUAACUUCGCGAAAACGAGGCAAGAUAUCAUAUUACAAAUUGGUACCCUAGCUGCUCAGAAGUUGCUUAACAGGGCUAUCCAUAUUGUUGCAACUGGCUCAAAUGACGUAAUGCAUGUGGCAGAGACUAAAUUAGAGAGGCCCAAGUCAUAUUAUCUUGACACCAUAAUUUCAAGAUUCAGAUCACAGCUCACGAGACUCUACAGAUUGGACGCUAGGAAGUUUAUAGUAGCAAAUAUUGGUGCGACGGGAUGUGUACCUAAUGUGAGAGAUAAGUAUCCAUUAAUAUUUGAUGGUUGUGCUCCUUCUUUCAACAAAAUAUCACAAGCAUAUAACAGAAGAUUGAAGAGGCUGCUUGAAGAGCUUCAUGCAAAUCUUACAGGAUCAAAGUUUGUCCUUGCAAAUACUUAUGCUAUGACAGAAGAUAUAAUUCGAAACUAUAUAUCAUAUGGAUUUGAAAAUGUAGACGAAGCAUGUUGCCAUUUACUAGGACCCCAUGGAGGUCUUGUAUUUUGUUUUGAACUGUCUCACGUUUGUCAGGAUAGAACCAAGUAUGUUUUCUGGGAUCCAUGGCAUCUAACUGAAACUGCAAACCUAAUUGUAGCGAAGCAUACGAUGGAUGGUGGCCGGAAUUACAUAUCACCUAUGAAUUUCAGGCAACUUUUGAAUUCUUGAAUUGUUAAAAAAGAAAUGCAAAAUGAAAUUCUGUAAUAUCACAUUGGGAGUUCAGCCUGUGUUUUCAUAGGACUGUUCAAUGUCAAAGAAUUACAGUCUGCCAAGCUGCAACUUUAUUUUGCAAAGAAAAGGAAUAAAGUUAAA